UGCACAUGAGCAAGCACAGUUAUCGCGUAUGAACGUCUAAGUUAGUAAGUAUGUAUGUAUGUAGUGUAAGUUGAUAAAUUUCACGGAAUGAAUUUUAACAUUGUUUAGGUUCGUUAAACUAUUUAUUGUGCUUCAUGUCAUAUCUUUUGUUUUUUAUCGUAUCUACAUUUUUAUUUCGUUAUCACGAUUUACUUAAAUCGUUUCGUGAUCGAUUUUCGUACUCAUUCGUCACAGAAUGUUUAGUUUAUCGCGACGCGAGAUUGUGAACUAGAGGGAUUCCCCUGAGACUUUUGAAUGCCAUGGAUGAUGAAGCAUUACGUUGUCCCAUCUGUAAUGACUUUAGAGAAAACAGCCAACACAAUCAAACACUAAAUCAUCAAUUUUAUUUCGCAAAAUUCAGCUAUAAUGAGUACAGAAAAGCUCUGAUAAGUGACAGACAUGGUGUUCGUCUAAAUGUAACACCAGAACCUUUAAAUAACUUUCAGUUCGAUUUUACGUAUUACAAAGGAAAGUAUACAACAAAGGUCUCUCCAGAACAACUAAGAUUACAUAACAGUACAAUAACUUACAAAUGCACAAUUCAAAAUGCAAGACAUGAUGCUAUUUACAUUACGAGUACAAAUAUAAUACAUCCCUCAUCUUAUUUUAACGCCAUACAUCCACAUGUCUUUGGCGAAGACCGUAGUUCUUUUAUACGCCUUCAACAAGGUGAACAGUAUACCUUCAGAGUGAAAUUUCAAACAGACAUUUUAGCAAGAGCCAGUUAUAAAAUCCCCCUAACUUGUGAUAUUCAAACUGAAACCAUUGACAAAAAGGAGAAAUCGUUUACGAUAGUUCGGUCGUUUUUAACAAUAGUUGAAGCUCAAGGCAAAAAAAAUGAAAAGAAGGGUAAGAGUCCAUUUACAUCGCAAUCUUGGAAAGACGUCACUAAGACAGUUCCAACAACUAAAGAACUUCCCUACCAAGAUAAAUAUCCAAUUCCUCGAAAGUAUAUGAAAAUUUUGACGUACGGUAUUGGUUCUUACACUGGAAUAAAGCAAACUGAAGAAGAUACUUUACGUUCUCUCAGUCAACUUGUCUCCCAUUUAACAAAAGAGAACUACAACCGAUUUUGGCACGUGGUUUUGUGGUUAGAAGAAAGAGCUCAAGCUUUGAUGCUCAUGAAGUUCAACAUGCAAGCAGUAACAAUGACUCUCAGAGAUGAUGAUGUUUUAAUUCUUGUGGUACCGGGUUUGGCUGAAAAACGACCGUCUGUCAUAGUAGGUGAUUUUAUUAGGAUUAGGAUCACCAACGAUCACACUGCCUACAAGGGAUUUGUUGGAGCAGUUAACGAGAAAACUGUGGAAAUAUCUCACGUGGAUGAUGAAUUGUUGGAGUACAUUCGGGAAAAUCCAAAUAUUGAAUUGGAUGUUGCGUUUAUGAUGAGUCGAUUAGCAUUUGAGAGAAUGCAUGCGGCAGUCGAUAAAAUCGUAUCAUCAGGUUUAGUAGCGAAACUUUUUCCUGUUGAAAGGAGACUUCCGAGGUCAACAAAUGUACAUCCAUUAGAUAACUCGCAAUUGUUUAAUAAGACAAUUGCAAAUAACCCAGAGCAAAAAAAUGCAGUUGAUAAAAUCGUCAACAACAUUCAGGACAUUCCUUAUAUCGUUUUCGGGCCUCCCGGGACUGGCAAAACCAUAACUAUAGUGGAAGCUAUUUUACAGAUUAAAAAACGCACAAAAAAGCGAAUACUUGUGUGUGCGCCCGCAAAUUCCGCCUGUGAUAUGUUGGCAAUAAAACUUAUUGCUCAUUGUACCACACAAGAAUUGAUACGAAUUAAUUCUUCUACUAGAGAGAGAACCACUAUCACAGAAGAAUUGAAAGAUUAUAGUAACAUGGAAGAUGACGAAUUUACAAAAAUUGCAAUUGAUCAGCUCCUGUCGUACAGAAUUGUGGUUACAACCUUAACUCUCAUUGGUCGCUACGCCAAAGACUUUCGUCCUGAUUGUGUUUUUAUAGAUGAAGCGGCUCAAGCCAGCGAGCCUGAAUCUGAUAUUGCGAUUGCACUUGCAGGUGUUGGUAAGCAAGUGGUCCUAGCAGGAGAUCCUAAACAGUUAGGCCCAAUGGUAACAAAAUCUGCCGAAAAGUUUGGCCUGGGUAAAUCGUUGUUAGAGAGACUGAUGGAAUAUGAAGUCUACCAAAUCAACCGCACAACCAGGAGCUACGACACCCAUUUCAUAACCAUGCUCAGAUUGAAUUUCAGGUCACAUCCCCGAAUUUUAGAAAUUCCGAACAAUUUGUUCUACAAUGAUUUAUUACAGCCGGUGUCCAGAAUCGCACAACAGGACCCAAUUGCGAACAUUCCCAUAUAUCCAAAAAUCGCAUCAUCGUGUAACAAUCAGGGUCAAGCAAUUGAAUUUUGUGCAAUUAGUGCUAAAGAGCAAAAAGAAGGCUCGUCGCCAAGUUUUUUCAAUUUACCUGAAGCUGAAAUGGUUGUAAAAUAUGUAAGGGCUUUAGUAAACCUACCUCUUGUGGAAGCAUACAAAGUUAGACUAGACCAAAUCGGAGUGGUUACACCAUACAAACGUCAAGUAUUUAAAAUCAAAGAAGAAUUAAUGUAUAAAGGAUAUCAAGAUGUGGAAGUUGGCACAACUGAGUCUUUCCAAGGCCGCGAGAAACGAAUCAUAAUAAUUAGUACAGUCAGAGCGCAACAUUCUUUGCUGUUGCAUGAUCGUAAAUAUAAUCUGGGUUUUGUAAAGAAUGAUCAGAGAUUUAACGUGGCCAUCUCACGAGCGAUUAGUAAAUUAAUUGUUAUCGGAAACACGCCAGUUUUAAGGACGGAUCACAAGUGGAAUAGGUUUAUACAAGCAUGUACGGAACAUGAUACCUGCUUUGGACACAAAUUAGAAAAUUCCAGUAAUGUGUUUAAAACUGAUGUCGUCCGAAGAACAAAGAGAUUCAAGAGUAAAGAUGAUCAGUACCACAAUUAACAUAUUUUUGUAUUUUUAUAAACUGAGAUUUUACUUAUCAAUAAAUUUUAUUUCCAAGUAAAA